AUGUUAACAACUUACGAGGCGGAGUAUGGCUACAUAUUAGAGGUAGAUUUGGAAUAUCACGACGAAUUGCAUAAAAUGCAUAAAGAUUUACCACUGUGUCCGGAACACUACAUACCUCCCAUCUCAGAAAGUAAGCAGCCAAAAUUGACGACCACGCUACUUCCCAAGCAAAAUUACGUUGUUCAUUACCGCGUCUUAAAACAAUGCUUAGAAUUAGGUUUAAAACUAGCCAAAAUUCAUAAGGUUUUGAAGUUUAGACAAUUACCGUGGCUCAAAGAGUACAUGAAUUUAAAUACAGACUUACGCAAAAAAUCAAACAAUGAAUUCGGAAAAAACUUCUAUAAACUGAUGAACAACGCAGUUUUCGGUAAGACAAUGGAAAAUGUUACGAAGUAUAGUGAUGUCAGGCUGAUCACGAAAUGGAAUGGAAGAUACGGUGCUAGAGCUACUAUAGCCAAACCAAAUUUCCACAGUUGUACAAUCUUUGAUAAAGAUAUGAUAAUAGUUGAAUUGCAUCUUGCGAAGACCUUCAUCUACGAUUUUCACUACAAGUAUAUUGAAACGAGAUUUGGGAAUCAGGCAAAAUUGAUGUACAUUGACACGGAUAGUUUGAUAUAUCACUUCACCGUCCCCAACAUUUACAAAUGCAUCAAACAGGACUUGGAUGAAUUUGAUACCUCCGAUUAUCCACCCGACAACAUCUACGAAAUGCCGUUGGUUAACAGAAGAGUUCCGGGUUUGAUGAAAGAUGGGUGUAACGGAAAAAUAAUGGUGGAAUUUAUUUGCUUGAGAGCUAAGUUUUACUCAUUCAGAGUGAUGGGGGAGGAUAAGGAUGAAAAACGAGCCAAGGGUGUCAAAGGAUCCCUGUUAAAAACUAUAACCUUCAAUGAUUACUUCAAGUGUGCUUUCGAACACGGAAAUUUAGUCGAACGUCAGAGUGUGAUACAGAGUCAAAAGCAUCAGGUCUGUACCAUUGAACAGAAAAAAGUAGCACUGAGCUGGAAUGACGAUCAGCGUAUCGUAUUUCGAAACACAACCGAUACGCUGCCGUGGGGCUACAAGACCUGCAAUUAA